AUGAAGGUUGUCGCUGCUUUCUUACUCGCCGUUUUGAGCGGAAAAGCUUCCCCUACCUCUGGCGAUAUCAAAACUAUCCUCGGAUCAGUUGGUGCUGAAUCAGAAGAUGCUCAGAUUGAGCUUUUGCUAAAGGAAGUGAAAGGUAAAGAUGUGGCUGAGCUAAUUGCUGUCGGAAGGGAGAAGUUAGCUUCAGUACCUUCAGGUGGCGGUGGUGUUGCGGUGGCUUCCGCUCCAUCUGCUGAUGGUGGAGGCGGUGCUGCUCCUGCUGCUGAGGCCAAGAAAGAAGAGAAGAAAGAAGAGAAGGAAGAAUCUGACGAUGACAUGGGUUUCAGUCUGUUCGAGUAA